GCUGAUUCCCAGCUACGGCUUCAGUUCCUCCAUGUUUCUGUUCCCCGAACCGAUAUGGACGCCCGACCGGUGUGGACGGUGUUUCAUCUCUGUCUGCCCAUGACUGCGUCUUCGCAUUGCCCGGGCUCUUUGACAACAGAAUGGCUGCCCAGGCCCGAGUCGCCGGCUUCUGUUGAUAUCGAGGCCCGUAAGCCGACCACGAAAAACACCACCACCACACCAUUGACCAGGCUGGAUACCCAGAUGACAGGGCCCGAAUACAGUGGCCAACAUCGGUCUUUACUUCAAAUUUGACCGAAUCUAUCUACAGGUCAUGUUGCACAUAUAGCUUAUCAUGCCCAGGCCUCGACGUUAUAGUCUGCGAUCAUAACCAGAUUCUCAUCUGUUAUAUUCCUAACCGCAAGAUACAACUUGGAGACAGCUUUGGACAGCUUUGAUUCUUCAACUUUGUUCCACCAUUACUCCUUCCUCCCCCACUUUGAAAGCUGCUAAGUCAUCAUCGAUCCCUGAAACGGAGGAGAGGUGACCUCGUCUAUCCCUCCC